AAUACUAUAUGUGAUAAAUAUUUUGGCGUGCCGCUAUCACAAUUUUAUGUUAAAUUUAUAUAUGUAAGGUUAGAAUCGAUCUACUUUUGAACUGCAACUGCAAUUUAUUAACAAAUACAAACUACUUGCAUAUUAUUGACUGCAAUAAUUGUGCGUACUUACUGAUAUACUCAUAAUUCAUGUAAUUAUAUCAUUAUAUAAUUACAAUGCGGUUCUGUGAUAUGUUUUUCUUAAUUCACAUUCACCUUCCGAAGGUAAGUUCUGUGUAGUAAAGUGUAAACAAGUUAGUAAGUAUGUACUUUAAUUCUAAUUCGAGUUUUUGGGGGUUGACUGUGCAAUGGAAAUAUAAAUGUUUAUUAUUUUUGCAGAAGCAAAGUGACUAUUCAAUAAAAGACAAGUUAAGUGAAGUGUGUACAGUGCACAGUGUAUAAUGGAAUCGUUGGCGCCGCCUGGCACUGAAGAUAACAUCACUUCACCAGCAUCAUCUACAUAUAUUAGUAAAAAGAAUUCCGAGACCGAUCGGCUGCUCUCCUUGCGAUAUACUUUGCCUGAUGGAAGUUCAUCAGCUAUCUUUGAGCUCACCUGGCAGAAUGGCAGUGAAGUAUGGUAUUGUCGUGUGUGCCACUGUCCAGUUAUGGGGCAGGUAUUCAACCACGAAGCUGGGAAGAGACACGUGGCAGCGUUGGAAGCCGCCAGUGCUUCCCGAAAUCAACGUACAUCGGCUUCUAAUUUGUUGAAGUCUACUUCAAAUUCAAAUAGCGCGGAUUGGGAUGAUGGUAAUUCAACGAAGAACUAUACUGAGCAACGAGGUGAAGUGAUUGUUGCACCUGGAGAACCAGUGCCUCCUGGUUUUGAAGGAGAGAUAACUAAAGUUGCACAAAUUCAGGAGCGUCUUGACAACUUUAAAACUACAAGCCUUAUAGGAUUGGAGUACUUAUUAGAAUUGCAAGAUUACGACCAAGAACGCGAACCAUCAUACUUUUGUCUGCUUUGUGGAAAGAAGGGUGAUUUUCGCACCAUUAUUCCACAUUUGGUCAGCUACAAUCACUUGCAAUAUUAUUUGCAAAGACAUUACACCAAAACCUAUAAUGCAUUGGUGCCGUUUUCUUCGCAUAAGAAGUACAAGAAAUGCUGGCAGGAAGCUUUGACGAAAAUUGCCGACGCGAUUGAAACUAAAUAUGGCCGCAUGUUGCCGCAUCCCAUUGAUAUGGAUACAUAUGAAAGGAAUAAGCAGGAAGUGUACAACAAAGUUAACAAUGGGCCGCAUUUCUCUGAAAGCAAUGGCGUUAGUUUUGAGCAUCUCGUAAAUCGAGAUGAAAUAAUAAACAAUUCAAAUAAAGCUUUCAUAGAUGAAUUAAACCAAGAUGCGAAACCUGCGCAUAGUCGGCCAACUUCCAGAGAUAACGAACCGAAACACAGACGUAAUCGUCGAUCAUUGAGCAGUGUUUCAUCCAUAUCCAGCGAUGAUUUCACAGUCUCUGUAAACGACAGGGACAGGAAUCGCAGUUCCAAGCCAGUCAAAUCAAACACUUCUUCGCUUUAUAAUCGUCGACGUCGCACUAGAACACGCUCGCGCUCCAGAUCGCCAUACAGGCGCCGUGCUGAAGAUUCGCUACCGUGGAAUCGUCCGGAUUAUCGUAGGAACGAAAAUAAUUCAUCAAAAGACCGGCGAAGCAAAGAGGAUGAUAGGGAUAAUAAAAAAGACGAAUUUCGUCGUUUAGCUGCGGCGAUUGAAAAAGACAUGGAGCCACAACUUCGCAAACAUCAAAUGAACCCGGAGAAGCAUCCGCAAUACAACGAGGAGUGGAAAAUCUUCUGGAAUAAGCGAUAUAAAGAGUUACAAAUGGAAGGAAGAGAUACACAAGGCUACGAUUUUAAACCGGAGUGGAUUGUUUAUUGGAACAAAAGGAUGGAAGAGUUUCAUAAAACUGCUGUGAAACAAAGCAUUGAUGCGUUGCGGCGAAGAUUGGGUCUGGCUGAAGUAACCCCGAUCAGUUUCAAAAUCAACUCGGCAUCGACAAGUUCCUCAGCGAUGCGUCGACGUGAUCCGAAAUUUGGAUGUCAGCCGGUUGCUGCACAACCAGAUCAAGAUCACGAGGUAAUUGUAAUUGACGAUUUGCGAGAUGACAAGGUGAAAUCACGUGAAGAUUCACAUAGUCCAUGGGAGAGCGAUUCGAAUAACUCGCCAAGGAAAGAUUAUCGGCGCAGGCCAGCUCCGCUUCGCCGAACGACGAAAACUCGUUCACGAUCCAAAUCACGCUCAAGAUCGUUGUCUCCCUAUCGGCGAAGGAACUAUGGAAGGCGUCGAACAAAGAGUCGCAGUCGGAGCAGGAGUAAAAGCCGGAGGUAUAGGCGAACGACACGAUCAAAGAGUAAGUCGCCACAAAUACGACGAGAAGCCGAUAGCAGCAAAACAACGGGUGGACGUCGUUCCGUCGAAUGGGAUCGGGCGGUAUCCUACAAAAAUCAUCAACAGGCUAACAUCCCGUUUGCGCCUUCUGGGAAGGACGUAAUUAUGGUACGAGAGUCCGCACUGAAGAAGCAAGAGAUUUUGGAUGAACAGAUCACUGCUGUUGAAGAUCUAGGAGUAGAUGUCAAUAUUGUUGCCGUCUUGCGUCUGUUGACUGCGUUAGAAGAUAAACUUGGAUCAUUGGGACCGAAGGUGGUUGAUUUGUUAGCCAAGGCACUUUCCAUGGAGAAGAAAACUCCGAAUAGCAGUGAGCAACUGUUAGACGACGAAACAAACUGCGUGAUGUUUGAAACUAUCAAGGAGAAAUUGAAGGGAUUGUUGCAUGCUGGGUUAGUCGCUGAUUACCCUUCGCAGGAAAAAGCUGUUAAGACCAGCAUCACAAAAAUUGCAGGUUUAUUACAUUUGGCAAAUAAACGAAAAACUGAAAAAGAAGCAAAGAAAGCUUCCAUCAUAAACAUCGAUAAGGUGGCGAUAGCGAAACAAAUCGCAAAUGCGUUGGUGUUGCAAGGUAAAACGGACGUCACCCAAGCUGAAUUAGAACAACUUAUUAAUACUGUUGUACAAAUGGCGGAGGCGUCUAAAGAAUCAGACAAACCAAUGACCACAGCCUCCUUCCUAGAAAUGCUUAAACAGAACAAAUCUCAGGCCAAACCCGAACACUCAAAACAAACAAUUGAGCUUGAGAAACACACGAAGGUUACAGAAAUUGAACCUGAAAAGGAUCUAAGCAGUAUUCAAAAGGACGCUAUGGAUGGUCUCUCUGAUCUAGAGCUGCAGACACUCCUUCAAAGUUUUAAGGACCUAUCAGCUGAAGAACAGCAAGGGUUGAUCUCAUAUCUUAAGAAAUUGGAAGCGAAAGAACCCGCACGAGUGGAAACACUACGUAAAUUUGUCAAUAUGGAUGUAACUCUACCACAAUCGUCAAAAACUGAAGAGAUAGGUAGAAUAAGUCCGUUUUCCAAGAAGUUAUCAGAAAAUAUAACUACAAACAAAUCUGUAACAAAUGAUAUCAAAAAAGAAACGAAAGUAGGUAUUUCUGAUGACGAAGACGACUAUAGCUAUGAAGAUGUCUUUAAAGCAGCUAGUAAAAACUUGAGCGAGACGCAACAAUCGGAUAUGUCUAAUUUAAUUGCGAAUAUUAUGGUUUCAAUUGCGUCCAAUGCCAACACAAAUGUACUGACUACGUCGGUGGCUGGUAAACCAGUGAUUAAUACUGUUCCCCAACAAUCUGUGCCACCAACCUUACAAUUGCAUCCGCCACAGCAGCAACAGUCUAAUAGUUAUAACAUUAAUAGUAAUAAGGGUUUUCAACCGCGACAACAACAGCCAUAUCGGCAGUUUCAACCAAACGGGCCUGGAUUGAAUGCGCGACCACACAUGCAACAACCCAUGGGUACCAUCCCUCAUAAUUUCCAAGGCAUGCAACAACGCUUCUACCCGAAUAAUAGCGGCGGUAAUAAUAUGGAUGCGAAUCCAAAUCAGAAUUAUAAUUACUAUAAUAGGUGGUAAGUAUCAUUAUAAACAUAGUUCUAAAUCAUUGAUUAAAUCAACUUUUCGGUCAUAACCUUUGGUAAAUAAUUCGAGUCAUGUAAAAAUAAAUAUAUUUACAUCCCUGUAACACUAUACACUACAUUCUUAUUCAUUUUUGACCUUUUAAUGGACAUUUUGGUCUGACGUGACCUAAAAUUUCAAAUAAAUGUAUAAGUAUAUGUUGUAAUAUACAAUAGAUGUGACAUACCUGUUUGGUGACAAA